CUACAACUGACGCGGCUUAUUUCACUCAUAUGGCGCGUAUUUGCAAGUGUACGUUUACGGUAUUUUUUACAGAUACCUGCGUUGAAGAACGCGCUCUGUGACGUGUUUGUGCGUCUGUAGAAAGUCGAGCGCAGCAAAUGCACAAAGCGCCGUGUUGGAGCUAACUAAACAAGUGCCCUGCUGAACUGCUGGUCUUUGUCUACAAGUUUGCUUCCUUUGGUUCUGAUGGCAACUCCGAGGGAGCGCGCGCUGGUUGCGAAGUCGCUGGUGUUGAUGUUACAAGCACUGCGAGGCCGCCAGACUACGAUUGAACUGCGCAACGAACUAAGCGUCUGGGGCACCGUUGAGAAUGUGGACGCGUUCAUGAAUGUGGACCUGUCCGACGCAACUGUGGUCGGACCCAAUGGCGAGGAGACCUAUGCAAGCUUUUUUGUACAAGGCCGCCAAGUGCGCUAUGUGCACAUUCCAGAUGACAUCGACAUGGUCGCUGCACUCCAGUUGCAGACUACAAGGGCACAGCGGGAUCCUGAAGGGCCCGUGUCAGCGGCUGUCAUGCGGACCCGACUACUACGAGACAAGAUUCGGCGGCAAAAGCAGGACAGGCUUCUGUGGAGCACCAAAUCCCCCAAAGAAGCACACUAGAAUUCCUGAAGAAUGUUGCGUGUCGACUUUUGUCCAAAUGAAAGAAAGAAUCCUCCUCUUUAAAUGUUGUGUAUCUACGAACUAAAUGUCAGAAAUGGGCAUUGCUAAGCUGCAACGAGCUUUGAAAUAUUUACUGCACCUAUCCAGCGACAUUCCACUUGCAGGUGCGUAGAUAAUUUCUGUUGCAUCAUGUCUUGGGAACAGAACAUGUAAAAUAUUGAUAAUCUCUUAUACUACACUCAUUUGUAACCGCAUUGAUUUGGAACCAAGUCUGCAGCACGUCUGCGUUAUGUUGAUGCUACAAACACCUGAACUCUGAUACAUUUCUUUUGGCGUGCAACAGCAAAUAUCUGUUGUAGAAUUCUACAUCUUAAAUAUUGUUUCUGAAAGCAACCAGUAUAACUAUUGUAUCCUUGUAGCUGGUCUUGAGCUGGCAAAUAAUGCAGGUUGUUUUUAGUCGCAAUUUACAGCAUAAAUGCAAGCAGGCCUCAUGUUUUGUUUGCAUCCUUGGCAUGUUUUUUUUUUUUUUUUUUCAAUGCAUUGGGCUUCACUGUUAGCUUGUGAGCUGUGUAACAAAGCCGACCCCAGCUAUUGUGUGGUAUUUUAUGCCUAACAGGGUGCAGUGAUGGCAACUGGCCAAGGCUGGCAAGAGCUUUUUGUUAGACACGUAUAUUAAUAAACUAGUGAAUUAUGUGAAGACUUCACAAAAUUUUAUCAAAUCACUGUGGCUGCUGUCAGCAUCAGGGUGCGCUAUAAUUGUAACAUGCACUUAUCUUUAAAGCUUAAUCAGCUCUUGCAUUGUGUUUGUGCUAUGUACAUUUCCUGAUCGAAUGAUAAUUUCUAAGGCGCCGAGCUUACUAUGCAAGUCAGAUGUGGCUGAUGUACUAUUGACCAAA